CUCUCUCUCUCUGUUUCUUGGCUUUCUCUCUCGGCUCCUUCCUCUUGUCCAAAGUUCAGAGCAAACCGCUACUUGUAAUCUUCACAUAUUUUUUUCCCAUAAUUCUUUGAGUUUAAUGCGAUUGUGGAUAUACAGUUCAGAAUCAAUCAACGAUCCCCAGUUCCGGAAUCACUCCAUGGCGAACAAUCCAGGUGAAACACCCUCCGACGACUUCCUCGAGCAAAUUUUAGGAUUUCCCAGCUACGCUGCGGGAGCCGAAGCUAAUUUGGUGGGAAACGAAGUUCCUUCGGCUGCGAUGAUGCUGCAGCUCGGCUCGGGUGACGGGUCGGGUCACCUUGGUGGAGUUGGACUCGGUGUUGGCAUUGGCGGUGCUUACGGAGUUGGAAGUGGAGGUGGUGGGUUUCCGCUGGCGUUGAGCUUAGAGCAAGGGAAGGGAGGGUUUAACGACGCCUCGGGGAGUGGGAAGAGGUUCCACCGUGAUGACGUUGUUGAUUCCCGCGCUUCUUCUAUCAAAAUGGGUUUUCAUGGACAACCAAUGGCAAAUACAGUCCCAGCAGUGCCCCAUCCACCUGCAGUUCGCCCAAGGGUACGGGCUAGACGAGGCCAAGCAACAGAUCCACACAGCAUAGCUGAGAGGUUGCGCCGAGAAAGAAUAGCUGAAAGAAUAAGAGCAUUGCAAGAGUUAGUUCCCAGCGUUAACAAGACAGAUAGAGCAGCUAUGCUCGAUGAAAUCGUGGAUUAUGUGAAGUUCUUGAGACUUCAAGUCAAGGUGUUGAGCAUGAGUAGAUUGGGCGGAGCUGGUGCGGUGGCACCUCUUGUGACAGAUAUUCCGAUAUCAUCAAUAGAGGAAGAAGGCAGUGAUAGUGGAAGAGCUCAGCCAGCCUGGGAGAAGUGGUCAAAUGAUGGUACAGAGCGACAGGUCGCUAAGCUUAUGGAAGAAAACGUUGGGGCUGCAAUGCAGUUUCUCCAAUCCAAGGCACUCUGCAUUAUGCCAAUCUCCCUCGCCUCAGCCAUCUACCACACACAACCUCCAGAAACCACCACCACCGUGAAACCGGAGUCAGACCCUCCACCAUAAUCCUCUCUGGAAUCAUGGGUUCGCCAGUUCCGUACCAAUCCAAACUUCCUAAUCUCACACUCCCAUUAGUUGAAAUCUUAGUCGGAUACCACGAUCCCACCUUUUUCUUGCCUUUUCUGCCAACUUAAUCAAAAGGGGGUUGAUAUUUCAUUUAAAAAAAAACAAAGAAACGUACGCUUCAUGUCCCUGCAAGAUUCAAAUGGCAGAAGAGAAAUGUGAAACCCUAUUUGAUAUGCUGUGCUUUUAUCUAUCAAUGGUGGGACAUAUAUAGACUGGUGGUGAGUGAUGAAAGCACUUUGUUAGUGGGGUUGGUAGUGGAACUUGGGGGCCCUUCAAAGGGAUGAAUGCGUACAUAUUGUAAUUGUAGUGUUAUUUUCAGCGCAAGUGGAAAUGGGUAGUUAGAUUAGAUAAUAGUUACUUUUGUCUUUAAAGUAGAAUUUGGAGUCCAAUAGAAAUCAAUUGUACCAUUGGCUUUAGUGCCUUGUUUCUAAAAGCAAUCUGACUUCUUUCUUUCCGGUCUCUUC